AUGAACCCCCAAAAUCAGCAACGGACUUCUCUAGCAGAACUUCAAAGAAGGUCACAUAUGUUAAGCCAGCAAUUUGAUGAGCUGCCAGAGAAAGACUUGGAUGCUCCAACAUUCCACAGCAUUCCCACUCCAGACACACAGAAUAGCUUAGCCCCUUCAGAAACAAUGGCCAACUUAGUUGCCCCUCAAAACAUUCCUCAAAGAGAAAUGCGAAUUUCCCAAGGCACUCUUCCAAGGCCUCUCAACCGUUAUGAUACCUUUGACGGGGUUUUUAAUGUCCAAAGUCAGCCUCCUCCUUCAGUUCUUGCCCAAGUUAUAUAUAAAGAAAUCUCGGUCUCUUCUCCAAGAUUUUUAAGAUUCACGAGCUCAUACUGCGCUUUAGACGAAACAAAGCAAAAUUCAUCAGGAAUUCCAUUAGGCUUUAUAUGGCAACCUUUAGCUGACUUAGAUCCUAGAGAAGAUCCAAUUCCAUUUAUUGAUGGUAUUCCUUAUAGAUGCUCCAACUGUGGCUCUUAUGUAAAUCCUUUCUUUAAAUACGACACAGCCCAAAAAUGAAUCUGUAAUAUUUGCGAAUCUAGACUAGAAAUAUCAGAAAAAUACAUAGGGAACCCUGAAACAAAGCCUGAGUUGACACUGGGGACUUAUGAGUUUGCAGCGCCUAGUGACUUUUCUAAUAGACCUUUAGUAUCUCCUUUAUAUCUCUUUUGUGUUGAAAUAUCUGCGCAUUCUUUAGAAAUGGGGUUGCUUCAGCAAGUGGUUUCUUCUAUUAAGAAUAUGCUUGAUUAUAUACCUUUUAAAGAAAGAUGCCAAAUAGGAGUAGUUACAUUUGGGUGCUUUAUGCAAUUGUUUAGACUAAAUUCUCGUGGAGACCUUACUGAAGUAGUAAUAAGCGACAUUGAUGACCCAUUUAUUCCAGAUCCUCCAAAUUCAUAUAUGUUUCACGUCGGAAAUCAAUUUGAUGAAUUAGAAAAUUUUCUAGAAAAAUUGGCAAGCUGGGAUUUUUCAAACCCUCCAAAAGUAACAAUUUCGAUUGGGGCUGUGCUGGGCGCUAUAAAAGAUUAUUUUUUAAAAAAUAUUGGUGGAAGAGUUAUAGUGUUUACUACACAGUUAGGAACUAUUGGAAAAUUAAAAUUAUCUGAUAGAGUUGACGUGAAACUGUUUGGCACUGAUAAAGAAAAUAAUUUGUAUUUACCUUUAGAAAGCUAUUCUAGUCUAGGUAAAGAGCUGUGCGAAGAUGAUAUUUGUGUUGACAUUUUCGCUUGCACAAAUGAAAAAAGUAUUGACGUGCCAAGUUUGGCUUGCUUAUGCACUCAAACAGGAGGUGAUUUGUAUUAUUAUUCUGGAUAUAGAAGUGAUAUUGAUGGAGAAAAAAUUUAUUAUCAGAUUUUUAGAAUCUUAACCAGAAGUCAAGGAUAUCAAGGAUUGUUAAGGGUGAGGUGUAGUAAUGGAUUAACUGUUGACUAUUAUACAGGCAAAUUUAAACGAAAAGGCCCAGUUGAGAUGGAAAUUGCUGCAAUAGACUCUGAUAAAAGCAUUGGAGUUGUAUUAAAAUAUGACUCAAAACUGAAAGAUGACUAUGAUAAUUAUGUACAAUGCGCAAUGCUAUAUACUAAUAUUUUAGGACAAAGGAUGAUAAGAAUUUUUAAUGGAGUAAUAAAAAGCACAAAAUAUGUUGCAAAUUUUUAUAGGUCAAGUGAUCCCGAUGUCAUAAUUAACAUCAGUACAAAAAUUUGUGCGUAUCAACUUUAUGAGCAAAAUAUAAAGACUGUUAGAGAAAACUGGCUUUCUAGCAUUGGAAGGCUUUGCAAUUUAUAUUUUAAAGAAGGUGCUGACCAAAACUUCAAGACAACAACAUUGCCAGAGCCAAUAAAAAUUCUUCCGCUUUAUAUAGGAAUUGCCCGAGGAUGGCGCUAUCUUGCGCCAUCCUCGGGCAAUUCAAAAAUGGCCCCACACCGGAAUCGAACCCACGUGUGGGGCCAUUUUUGGUGCGUGUAAAGUCGAUGUUGGCCACACACCAAAAAUGGCCCCACACGUGGGUUCGAUUCCCGGUGUGGGCCAUUUUUGAAUUGCCCGAGGAUGGCGCAAGAUAGCGCCAUCCUCGGGCAAUUGCUAUAUAAACUCUGCGAUGAAAACUCCUGCAUUUUCAGUUUCUUAUGGAAUUGAUGCAAGAAUCAGCUUUGCGCAUUAUUUAUUAGCAGCCACUGUUCAGCAAUCAAGGUUAAUGCUUUACCCAAUGAUAUAUAGCUUGCAUGAUAUUAAUGAGCAAUCACAUUUUCCAGGAAACUUGUCAAAUAAUGAAACGGUGAUUUUACCAAAUUUAGUGCCUUGUUCUAAGCAUAGUAUCCAAUCUAAUGGGGUCUACUUUAUGGCUGAUGGAGAAAUAAUAUGAUGCAUUGGAUUAAAUUGGCGAAAAGAAAUCAAGAAAAAGUUAUAAAAUUAUUAAAAAACCGAAUGAAUUCAGUUAAAUGAGAUUUAUGUCUUUAUAUUGGAAGUGAUGUUUCUGUGGAAUUUAUAGUUGAUGUUUUUGGCGCUCAAAGCUUCGAAGAGUUAAGCGAAAACCCAGAAAAAUGAGUUUUGGCCGAUUUAGGAAAUGAUAAUUCAUCAAAAAUUAUCGCUAUUUAUGAAGAAAUUAGGAAUAGAAAUCCAGGACAUUUUCCAACACUUUAUUGGCAUUUUGAAGGUAAAAGCUCUGAACUAGUGCUAAAAAGAUUUUUACUCCUCCCUCCUUCCGUGAGAGAGCAAACAAUUGAAAAAAUCCCCCUCCUCGAGCAAAGAAAAAAAAAUUAUGAAGAAAAUAUUUUGAUAUAUAAGUGAUACUAUAAGUGAUAUAGCCGGGAACGGGCUAUAGUAUAAUGAAAUCUCUAUUUAAUUCUAUUGAUUUUAACUAAUUGUAAUUAAAACAUAAAUUUUUUAAAAAUUAAACUAAUUUUUACUUUCCAAUCUUUGUGAGCUGAGUUUUUUUUUUAAUUUUGGAAAAAAAAUUAACCUUUUGAGCGAAAAGCAUUUUUGCUCCUCACCAAGCGAGGGAGGAGGUAGUUGAAGAUCAGAUGCCUAAUGAAAUAUCCUAUCAUGAUUACUAUUUGAAGAUUCACAAAAUGGUGAUUACUAAUUCUUGCCUUCAAUAAAAAUAUAUAUAGAUAAUCAGCAAAAAUAUACUAAUAUAAAUAAAUCUUUAAUUUAUAUUUUUUUAAUAAUGCUUCAGCAAAAGAUUAAGCAAUUUAAUUAA